AUGAGUAAAGAUCGAGCCGACCUCCCGCGCCCUGGCUGCUCGCAGGACGCGCCAUCAGAACAAGACAUGCAAGUUGCACGUGUUGAUGUACACGAUGCACGUAGCGAUGUACACGAUGUACGUAGCGAAGGCACGCAUACAGAAGACUGUGAACAGGAUGAGUAUAACCUCAAUGGAUUGCAUGCUGAUGAUGAUGAUGAGCGUGAGAAAUGUUCUGAGAAAGAGGUGAGAGAAUGGAAAGCCCAGAAAGCUGUAGAUAAAGCAGGUUUUACAAAGACAAGAAGAAAACUGGCGUCGUUGCUGGACGAUGUGUUGGAAGAGUUAGGCCUAGACACCGAUAGGGAUACAUCCUUGAGUGAAGAUGCCCGUAAUCAAAUAGAAGCAGCUGCCAAGAAGGUUGAUGAUGCUCAAGAGAGGGCGAUGAGAACCAUGUCGAAGCUGACCUACGCGUAUUUAGACAAUGGAAAACUUGAAGAUUUCGACAAAAUCUCUGAUGAGAUGGAGAAGAUUGCGCAAGAGUAUGACGACAUAAGCAAGAAACUCGAGGAGUUUUAUGUAUCAACGAAGAAAAAGCGUGUUGAGGAAACGCCAGUAGUAACCAGCAGUCCAAGAAGGCCGCCCCCUAGUGUUACCACUGCCAGUGGUACCAGUGACACUAUCACCAGUCGUGGUACUACCACUACUAGCAGCAGUAGUACCAGCCCAAGCUCAAGACCAGUUGCUGCAGCGGUCACGACCAGCAGUUCCCGUAGAGUCUCAUCCGGAAGUUCCAGUUCUCAGGCCGUUGAGUUUGAUCCUACAAGGCAUUUAACCCGCGUUACUAUCCCCAAGUUUAGUGGUGAUAAGAGAAACUACUCAGCAUGGAAGGCUGCCUUCACUAGUUGCGUCGAUGAAACCACUAUCACUGCAGAGUACAAGCUGUUGAGACUUAGAGAAUGCCUUACUGGUGAAGCUCUGAAAGUUGUUGAUGGGUUGGGGUAUUCAGCGUCUGCAUAUGAAGUUGCUAAGGAUCGCCUGGAGAGAAAAUACGGAGGCCAGAGGAGGCAGCUUAUCCUGAGACUGGAUGAGUUAGAGAAGUUCAAGCAAGUCCGUGAUGGGAAUGCAAAGGAUUUAGAGAAAUUGGCAGAACUAUUAGAUGUCAUCACAGUUAAUUUGAAGGAUGCGCACCAGGAAUCUGAAUUGGGCAGUGGCAGUUUGUUUCUGUCAAUACAGCGGAAACUGAGUGAGCUUCUCCUUGCACGCUACCACAGAUGGGCCUAUGAUAAAGCAAAAGAGAAAACUGUGAUGUCCCUUCGAGAAUUUGUAAAUGAAGAAAAAGAGUUUCAAGUCAACGCUAUGGAAGCCAUCAAUGGUGUGAGGGAUUUUCCCAAGAAAGACCCAAGAAAAGAUAGGAGCUUUGUCACGUCACAAAGUAGCACAGACCGUCAAUCACAGUCACACUCCGGAGCCAUGGGAAAAUACACCAGAUCAUGCAAUGUAUGCGGUUCAGAGCAUGGAGCAUGGGAAUGUGACAGCUUCAAGGCGAUGUCAGUGGACCUGCGGUGGAAAACAGCCAAAGAAAAGAAACUUUGCUACAGAUGUCUUAGCGGUAAUGGUCACAGAGCAGAAAAGUGCCCAAGGACACGUCAAUGCAAGAUAGAUGGCUGCAAACAGACACACCACCGGUUGCUGCAUGGAAAAGCGAAGAGAGCUGAGAGUCGUCGACCCAUGGAAGGGAGUGGUAACUACCAAGACUCAGAUGAGAGCACAAUGGCAACAGUGACACUGGCUGCAAAGAACUCGAGUGAAAUCGCGCUGAGAACCGUUCCAGUCAUAAUAAAGCAUGGUGGAAAAAGAAUAAAGACUAACGCCUUGCUAGAUGAUGCGAGUACAUCGACCUACAUAGAUGCAAACUUAGCUGCAGAACUCGGAGUGCAAGGGAAAAUUGAACAAACCACAGUUAACGUCCUAAAUGGAAAGCUGAAGACAUUCACCACCAUGCCAGUUGAAGUGGGAAUAGAAAGUUUGAAUCGACGAGUAGAUAUGAAGAUUUGGGCAAAGACAGUGGAUAAAGUCACGGGUGAUUUAAAAGCAACAGAUUGGUCUUUGAAGCAGGAUCAAUAUAGCCAUUUGAGAGAUAUCCAGUUUCCAAAGAUUGGUAAGAGAACCUCAGUGGAUCUCCUGAUAGGUGCAGAUUACAGUGAGCUACAUCAAAGCAUUCGAGACGUCAUUGGUCGACCUGGUGAACCAACAGCGAGAGAGACAAGACUGGGAUGGACGUGUAUCGGUCCGGUAGGGACUCCCUCGGGCCAAAAGAGGGAGGCAACCAACAUGGCUUACAGCUUCUUCACCAAGGAGUCGCCAUUGCUGCAUGAAAUCAAUGAUAACCUGAGAGCAUUUUGGGAGAUAGAGAGCAUCAGCAAAGUGAAUGAAGGACAAACCCCCUUGAAUGAGAGUGAUCGGAAAGUGCUGCAGAAUGCCAGAUCGUCAGUCAAGAUAGUAGAGGACAGAUAUCAAGUGGCCGUACCAUGGAAGGGAAACCACCACCCAGCAAUGCCAGAUAGCCGGGAGAUGGCUGAGAAACGGCUGAUAUCAACAGAGACCAAACUGCAGAAAAAUCCAGAGCUUGGAAAAAGUUACUCCCGAGUCAUUCAGCAAUACCAAGAAAAGGGUUACAUUAAGAAGAUCAAGGAUGAUGAGAGAAAUAGUCAUCAGUGGUACCUACCACACUUCCCUGUGGUCCGUCCUGACAAGAGCACAACAAAAACAAGGAUAGUUUUCGAUGCCUCGGCGAAAGUUGACGGCGUCAGUUUGAAUGACAAUAUAAAUACAGGACCGAAGAUCCAAAACGAGCUGUUCGAGGUAUUACUGCGCUUUAGGAGGUACCCAGUUGCUAUUGUUUGCGACAUAGCGGAGAUGUACCUGCAGAUAUCCUUAGAAGAAGAAGAUAAAAGGUAUCACCGAUUUCUGUGGCGGGACCUAGAAGACAGGACAAGAGAUCCAGAGAUGUUUGAGUUCCAGCGACUUGUUUUUGGAAUCAACAGCUCACCGUUUUUGGCACAGUUGGUUUCUCAAGAGCAUGCAAGAGCCCACCAGACACAGUGCCCUAGAGCAGCAGAGGCAAUUUUGAAGUCAACUUACAUGGACGACACUCUUGACUCAGUGAACGAUGAUGAACAGGGAAAAAAGCUGUACAGAGAGUUAUCAGCAUUGUGGAAAGGAGCUGGGAUGCAUGCCAGAAAAUGGUUGUCCAACUCACCCGAAGUUUUAGCCAUCAUACCAGAUGAAGAUAGAGCUUCAGAGAUUAAUUUGGAGGAGGGAUAUUUGCCAUCAGUAAAGGCCCUUGGAGUGCUGUGGAAGGCGGAAGAAGACGCGUUCUGUUAUCGGCUGACACCCCCUGCUGCUGAUCUCAAGCUUACGAAGAGGAGCCUACUGCGAAGAAUAGCAACCAUUUUUGAUCCCCUUGGGUUGAUGUCGCCAUAUGUUAUACAAGGAAAAAUCAUCAUGCAGGAUGUAUGGAUGUGUGGCGUGGAAUGGGAUGAAGAAUUGCCAGAGGAGAUUGAAAAGAAAGCUUGGGAUUGGAUAGUUGAAAUCACAGGGUUGGCCCAAGCCAGGAUCCCUAGAUGCCUACAACUUGCUGAGGAGAUGACAAGUUUCCAACUUCACACCUUUGGUGAUGCCUCAAAAGAUGCAUAUGGGACUGUGGUGUAUGCAAGAAGCACCUAUGCCAGUGGAAUGGUAGCCACAAGGAUUGUAGCGUCCAAGACCAAGGUUGCACCGUUAACCUCAGUGAGCAUCCCGAGACUAGAGAUGAUGGCGGCGGUCCUAGGACUUCAACUCAGUCUGAGCAUUGUAGCAGCAUUGGCCACCAAUGUCAAGGAGGUGGUGUUUUGGAGUGAUAGUCAAAACGUUCUCUGGUGGAUAAAGCGACCUAGCAGAAAACUGAAACCUUUCGUUGCCAACCGAGUAGGCCUGAUACAGCAACAUACAGACCCUCAACAGUGGAGAUAUGUGCCAACCAAAGAAAACCCAGCAGACCUGCCUUCAAGAGGUGUAAGAGCAAAAGACCUAGCAGAGUCCAGCCUAUGGUGGGACGGCCCAGAGUUUUUACAGAGGGAUUCUUCAGAGUGGCCAGAGAGAGUUGUUGGACAGGGAGAUGAAGUCCAGGAUGAAAUGAAAAAUGAGAGCAGUUACCUCAGCUUGGAAGAAAAGAACAGUCUAAAACAAGUGAUGAACCUUGCAGAUACAAGACUAGACCCUUCCCGAUUCUCCAGCUGGCAGAGAUUGACACGUGUUCAUGCAUGGGUGCAGCGGUUUAUCGGAAAUUGUCAGGCAGCCCCCACUGAGAGGAAACAAGGAGAACUAGAAGUUGAGGAAGUAAAAGCGACUGAGUUACUCUUGAUUAGACAGUGCCAAAAAGAAGCCUUUGCAGAGGAGUAUAGCGCGUUAUGCCAUGGAAGGGAGCUGCCCAAGUCCAGUCAAAUAGCUGGCCUGACGCCAAAAUUAGAUGCCGACUUCUUACUUCGUAGCAACAGUCGUCUAGCUUAUGCUGAUAAUCUGUCCUAUGAAGCCAAGUUCCCGAUAAUACUACCGAGAAAACACCACGUGACCCAGUUACUGGUGAGAUUCUACCAUGAAAGAGAGAAUCAUGUAGCUGGGACAAACAAGAUCUUGUCAGAGAUGUCAGCCAAGUAUUGGAUUAUUAGAGGUCGAGAGGAGAUCCGGGAUUGGGAGGCUAAGUGCGCAGCCUGUGAACGUAAGAAGGCAAGAGUAACGUCACAAUUGAUGGCCCCCCUGCCAAGAACAAGAGUGAGUCCACCAAUGAGAGCCUUCUCAGUUUCUUCAGUCGACUAUGCUGGACCGUUUCUUACUAAGCAAGGACGAGGGAGAGUACAAACUAAGAGAUACCUGUGCCUAUUUACUUGCCAUGCCUCGAGGGCGGUACACUUGGAGAUGGCAUAUGCUUUAGAUACCAACUCGUUCCUGAAUGCCUUCAACAGAUUUACUCACCGUAGAGGCGUCCCAGUAGAAGUUACUUCAGAUAAUGGCACGAACUUCGUUGGGGCUAACCGAGAAUUGAUGGAAUUGGUGACCCAGCUGGACCAAGUGAGAGUAACUAGAGAUGGAGCAGCGCGAGGAAUAAAAUGGAGGUUUAAUCCGCCACAUGGACCUCACUUUGGUGGAAUUCAUGAAAGUCUGGUGAAGAGUGCAAAGAAGGCGAUAUAUGCUGUACUUCAGAAAGCAGACAUCACAGAUGAAGAGCUGAGCACUGCAUUCACUGGAGCUGAAGCCCUGCUCAAUUCCAGGCCGUUGUCUUACCAGUCAGCAGAUUCCAAGGAUGCUCCCCCUAUAACACCUAACCACUUUCUAUUUGGUCAGUGCGGCGGACAGUUUGCCCCAGAAGAGAUAGAUAGCUCAGAUUUCAACCCAAGACGACGAUGGAGGAGAGUUCAGGAGCUACUGAAGGAAUUUUGGUCCCGGUGGUUAAAGGAGUGGCUCCCUCUGUUGCGUCAGCGCCACAAGUGGAGAGAUGUCAAGAAGGAUUUAGAAGUAGGAGACGUUGUACUGGUGGCAGAUCCUGGAUCAGUGAGAGGAGAUUGGCCAAUGGGACGAGUAACAGAAGUGUUUACCGGCAGAGAUGGUCAUCGUCGAGUGGUCAAAGUCCAGGUUGGCGAGAAGACUAUGAUAAGGCCAAUCGUCAGGUUGUGCCCCCUGCAGUGCUGA